GCGGGGGGGCCGGUUCCUGCCGCCUGGGCCUGGAGUGAGGCCUGGGCCUGGAGUGGGGCCUAGGCCCGGAGUGAGGCCUGGGCCUAGAGUGGGGCCUGGGCCUGGAGUGAGGGCCUAGGCCCGGAGUGAGGCCUAGGCCUGGGCCUGGAGUGAGGACUAGGCCCGGAGCGAGGCCUAGGCCUGGGCCUAGAGUGGAGCCUGGGCCUGGAGUGAACCCUAGGCCCGUUCUUGAGGCGACGGGUCGGUUCUCGCUGAGCUCCCCCUCUCCUCCGCCCCCCCGGUGCCCCUCCUAGCCGUGGGGCUCACCAGAGAAGCCCUUUGCCAUCCCUGCCACCGGGUCCCCCACCGGGCCCAGUGGGUGCGUUGCUGGAGAAAGGCCUGUCCCGCCAUCACGUACCCCGGGGCUGCUCCUCGGCCACACGACGCCCUGGAUCCGGCUCAUUUUUGCCUCCCUAUCCGGCCCGGGCAGUGACCUGGCAGCUUCACCAAGAUGCCUCUUCACGGCGCGAGAGCCGCUGCUCUCCUGGCUUGGGUGAACAGCACCAAAGUUUGUAGCGAUGCCCUCACUGAUCUGUCCCAGCUCCAGGACUGCAAGGUCUUCGUCAGGAUCAUCAAUAAAAUUUGGGUUUUUCCCCCGUUUCACAGAACCACAGAAGAGGCCGUGCAGGAGCAGGCGCUGCCGGAGAGGAUCUCCUUCAUCCGUGGCUUCCUCCAGAAGCACUGCAAGCACAAAUCGGCCGCGGAGAACCUGGUCUCGGCCCAGGAGCUGCUGGAGGGAGAAGAACUGGCCUUGGCCAAGGUGGCCGUGCUGCUCCUCUAUCACACCUCCAUGAGCUGCAGGAGCCCCGGGGACUGGAAUGAGUUUGACUACAAGACCCAGGUGGAGCUGGCGUCCAUCCUCAAGUUCGUGUUGGACAACGAGGAGAGCCUGAAUGAGAACCUGGAGGUGUUUCUGCAGAGGAAGGCUCCACCACCUUCAUCCAGCACCUCCAGCAGCAGCUCUGAGGAGCACUCCCCGCUCCUCUCCUUCCCCCACAAGCGCGAGGUGCGUUUCCUGGAGCUCCAGAGAAUCGCCUCCUCCUCCGGCACCAACAACAUGUUUUCAGGCCCCCCGUCCUCGCCCAUGGGGGACGUCAUGCAGACCCCCCAGUUCCAGCUGCGACGCCUCAAGAAGCAGUUGGCCGUUGAGAGGGAGAACCGGGACGAGCUGGAGGUGGAGCUGGCAGAGAAUCGCAAGCUCCUCACGGAGAAGGAGGCUCAGAUCAGCAUGAUGCAGCAGCGCAUCGACCGCCUGGCUCUGCUCAACCAGAAACAGGCCGCCGACCAGCAGGAGCCCAAGGAGAUGGAGGAGCUGAGGGAGAAAAACGAGAGCCUGAUGGUGCGCUUGCACGAGGCCCUCAAGCAGUGCCAGGACCUGAAGACUGAGAAAGGCCAGAUGAACCGAAAAAUCAACCAGCUCUCCGAGGAGAACGGGGACCUUUCCUUCAAGCUGCGGGAGAUCGCCAGCCACUUGGUCCAGCUGCAGGAGGCCCUCAACGAGCUUUCUGAGGAGCACAACUCUGCCCUGGCCCAGUCGCAGGAGAAACAGGGACAACUGGAGAGCGAGCUGCGCGCUGCCCUGCAGGACAAGAAAUGCUCGGAGGAGAAGCUGGAGAUCCUGCAGGGGAAGAUGUCCCUGCUGGAGGAGCAGUUGGCCAAACUGGGGGACGGCGGCGCCCAGCAGAAGGGAGAGGUCUUUCCUUCUCUCUUCCAGCUGGAGGAGCUGAAGCAGGAGGUGUCCAACUUGGCUGCUCAAGGAGCUGAGCUCCAGGCCACGGUCCUACGGCUGGAGGAGGAGAAGCAGCAGCAGGAGACAGCCCUGCAGUCGGAGCGCGGCCGCUUCCAGGAGGAGAAGCAACAGCUGGAGAACCUGGUGGCCAACCUCCAGAGCUCCCUCUCGGAAAGCCAAAGGGCCAGGGAGAUGUUGGAGCAGAACCUACAAAAGCGGGAAGCCGAGGUGGAACAAAACCUCCGGGAGAAGGAUUCAACCCUCCAGCAGCUCCAGCACCUGCAGGAAGUCAACGCCACCCUCAGUAGCCAACUCCAAGCCCGGGAUGCCAACCUGGCCACCUCGGAGGAGGAGAAAGCCAAGCUGAGCCAGAAAAUCAACGAGUUGGAAGCCAAAAUCCUGGAGCUGGGAGAAGAGGGAGCGGUGGAAGGGUUGAAAACCCAGCUGAGGGAGCUGGAGGGGAGGUUGAAGGAGAACCAGCAGCGCCUGGCCGAGAAGGAGAAGUUGGCCAAGGAGAACAGCCGCCUGCAGGAACGGCUGCUUUUCCUGGAGGAAUCCUUGAGGAACACCGAGGGCAUCCUGGAGGAUGAGAAGAGGAGGGCAGCUGAGAGUUUGGAGGGCAGCCUGGCCAGGAUCGCUGAGCUGGAGGCGGAGAAGCAGCAGCAGGUUCCUCAGGAUGGAGAACGUGGCCGGCUGGAGGAGGAGCUGCAGGCCCUGAGCAGGGAGCACGGCCACGUCUGCCAACGCCUCCAGGCCGAGCAGGAGAAGGUGGCCACCUUGGAAGCCCAAGCAAAACGCCUGGCUAGCGAGCAGCAGGAGAGACUGGCCACCCUCCAAGCCGACCUGUCCAACGCCCGAGCGCGGGCGAAGGAGAAAGAGGGUGAGGAGCAGAAGUUGAGGGCCGAGGUCUCCUCCCUGAGGGAGAAGGUGGCCAUCACGGAGCAAACGGCAGCCCAACGCGCCGCCGGGCUGGAGGCAGAGGCCCGUAGAGCCACCGAAGCCUUGGAAGGGCUCUCCCAGCAGCUUUCCCAGGAGAAGACCAAAUCCAAAGAGCUGGAAGGCGCCGUGGAACGGCUGAGGAGCGCGGAGGUUGAGUUGUCCCAGGUGGCCACCGCCGGCAGGCAACGGGAGCUGGAGCUGGAAGAGGAGGUGAAGAAAUUAUCCGAGGAGGUGACCUUGUUGGGCACCAGGUUGGAGGAGACACGGAGGGAGCACCGGCGGGAGCUGGUGGGCCUGGAAGAAGAAACUCAACGUUUGAGGCAAGAGGUGGAACGGGGCAAAGGGGAUUGCGCCGCCGAACGAGCCCGGAAAGCGGAGUUGGAAGCCCAACUGCAAAACUCUCUCAACGAGCAGAGGGUGGAGAGGGCAGCACAACGGGAGGAGCUGGCCCGCUCCCGGGAGGUGGUGGAGGAGAAGGAAAAGGAGGUGGAGGAGCUCCGCCAGAAGAACAUCUCGCAGGGCGAGGAGCUGAGGGAGCUGCAGAAGAUGGUGAGCAAGUUGGAAGGAGAACUGGCCUUGGCCAAGGAGAGCACACCCAAGGUGGACAACGAGCUACAGGGCAGGGAUGCGGAAGGUGGUGGCAUCAAAAGCUCGGAGAAGAUCCACCAAGGGGAGCAGGAACCUUGUUCCAGCCAAGAUCUCUACCAGGAGAAGGUGAAGGAGACCCAAGCUCUUCGUGUGCAGGUGGAGGAGCUGGAGCAGAAGAGCAGGGAGCAGCAGGAGGCCAUGGCCACCCUGGAACGAGCGGCGGCGGCGGAGAAAGCGGAGCUGGAGGCCUCCAGGAGGGAAGCAGCCCAGCAGAAGGAGAAGGUCUCGGAGCUGCAGAAGAUGUUGGAGGCCUCCAGGUCGGCUCAGGCUCUUCAGGACGGCGCCGUGGAGACCCUUCGGAAGGAGCUGCAGGAGAAGGGCAGGGAGUUGACCCAGAGCAAGACCUCCAUGGCCACCGUGGAGAAGGAGUUGGCGUCCCUCCGCUCCGUUCUACAGGAGAAGGGCCGGUCGGAGGAGAACUGGAAGGACCAAGUGUCCCAAUGCGUCCAGGAGAUGGAGAGGAAGAACAGCUUGAUCGGCAGCUUGGAGCAUGAGGUCUCCAUCCUCCACCGGCAGGUGACGGAGAAGGAAGGGGAGAGCAAAGAGUUGAAACGUCUGAUCGUGGCCGAGUCGGAGAAGAGCAAGAAGUUGGAGGAGAGGUUGAGGGUUCUGCAGACCGAGAUGGCCACCGCCGCCUCCCGGGCGGCCGAGAGGUGCUCCCUCAUGAAGGUGGAGGUGCAACGGUGCCAGGAGGAGAUGGAGAAGCAACGUUUGACCUUGGAGGCCCUCAAGAGGGACCGGCACUGCCAGAACGAGCGGGAGGAAGAGCUACGCCAGGAGGUGAAGGUCUGCCAGGACAAGUGCCACCAGAAGGAGCAGCUCCUCGCCGCUCUCCAGCAGGAACUUGGUGGUGCCCAAGCUCUGGCCGGGGAACUGCCGGCCCUGAAGCACCUUUGCCAGCAGCUCCAGGCUGAACGUGCCACCUUGGAGAACCAACACCGCCAGGAGAUGGAGCAGAGGGGGAAGACCUUGGCUGCUCUUCAAAGCGAGUUGGCUCGGGUCAAGCUGGAAGCAUCUGAGGUCCUUUCCCUCCGGGAACGAUCGGCCGAGCAGGAUCGGGCCGUCCAGAGGUUGCAGGCGGAGGCGGCGGAGACGACGGCCAGGCUGGUGGGACUCCAACAAGCCAACGCACGGUUGGUGGAGGAGAACAGGGGGUUGGGGGAGAGCAGGAACCGAGGACAGCAGAGGUUGGAGGCCGAGUUGGGACAAGUGAAGGAGAGACACGCCAGGGAACUGGAGAGGCUGCGGUCGGCGUCGGAGGAGCUGGUGGCCGGGAGCCGGCGGGAGGCCGAGGAGACGGCGUGCAAGUUGGAGGCCAUGAGUAAAGAGUAUGAGAACAGCAAAGCCACGGCCAAGGAGGAGAGGAGGAAGCUGCUGGAGGAGAGGCAGAAGCUGACGGAGCAGGUGGAGCAGCUGGAGAUAUUUCGGAAAGACCAGGCCAAGCAGGUGGAGGAGCUGAAUAAAAAGCUGAGUCAGCACGAAAAGGCCACCCGCACCCAGCAGCAGAGGGUGAAGGCACUGGAAGGGGAGCUGCAGGCAGAAGCCACUCGCCAGCAGGAGAAGGUGGCAGAGCUGGAGGCCCAGCUCGCCCAGAAGGAGCAGGCGGCCGAGCACUACAAAGGCCAGAUGGAGAAGGCCAAGACUCAUUACGACGCGAAGAAGCAGCAGAACCAGGAGCUGGUGGAGAAGCUGAAGGCCAUGGAGCAGCUGCAGAAGGAGAACGGGGAGCUGCGGAAGGAGUCGGAGAGGUUGGCCAAGGAGCUGCAGCAGAGUGUCCUGCAGGCCAAGGAGGCCGAGCUGAGCUGCAGGAACCUCACCAGCCAGGUCCACAGCCUGGAGGCUCAGGUGGAUUUUGCCAACAAGCAGCUCCGGGAUCUGGGCAAAUUCCCGGUGACCACGGACACCUCCAAGAACCGGGAGACCUUCCGCCAAAACCCGGCCGAUCUCAGCACCGACAGCCUGGACCUCAGCCUGGACGAGCCCCUCAAUUCCACCAGGAAAGUGGGGCGCUCGCAGUCGGAGGCCUCGGCCGUGCCCCCCCCGGGCAGUGGGGAAUCCCAACGUUUGCCCCAUAAAGUGGAAUCUCUGGAAAGUCUCUACUUCACCCCCAUCCCCGGCCGGGCCCGAUCCCGCCUGGAGACCAGCGCUGGAUCCCUGGGGGAUCUCUCCUUGGACUCCGGCCCCAAAACCCGCUCGGCCCGACGGCGAACCACCAUCGACAUCACCAUGACCAAG